CCGCUGACCAGACGAGGCUCUAAGCUUGGCGGACUUCCAAUUGAAAGACGAAUUUGUUUUGUUGGGAUGCUAGCGGCUGGGGAAAAGCUUGGUUGUAGUUUUAGUGGUGAAUUGCUUUCUCGAUGGGUGCUCUAAACGCAGAUGGAUAUUCCAUCUUCCAUACAGGUGAUGAUUUCUUCGGGUCCAACUUCCUGGAUCUCAAAGCCACUGCCGCAGAACAACCCAACCUAUUCUCGACAGCUUCGUGAGUGGUUGCCACCAAUUAGAUAGCCAAGCGUGGCACGAGGAGCGGUCUCGUAUGCGGCAUAGCGGCUAAAUGUGGUGUCUGCAGCGACCCCUGUCGCCAAGACCAAUAUUGCUUCCCUCGCUCGCCAGCUCGCUCAAAAGAGUGAUGCCCAAAGCUUUUUGGGACGCUGAGACUGGUCUGGAAAGCAUAGAGUAAAUGGAAAUGUCGUUUUGUUACUGUUGUGUUUUUUUUCUUGAACCUGAAAACCCGGGAUGGUCUUCAAUAGCAGGGUCUGGACUCCCCCCAUCUUGCCCUUGGUCGUGGGCGACCAAGCGGGGCAGGGAGCUUAAUCAAAGUGUCUAUCAGAGGUGUCACGUCGAAGAAAGUGCGGCUGAACGAAAAGCGGCCAGAAACUUACCCCAUUGGGCCUCACGACCAUGGGCCUGGAGCUUCCCCACGGUGAAAGACCCUGGUCUGAUUUCGAGUCUGCCUUGCAAACGCUUCCGAACGCGCUUGGGCACAAUGCGGAGCGCGAAAGGAACUCGUCUGGCUGCAGUUGGCACUGGGGUGGCUCUGCUAUCAGAUGUUCAGGGUAACCCUCUGCCUUAAAGCCACGGCCCCCCGCCGAGAGCCUUCUGGCCCCCCCUUCCUUCUUGUGUGUUGAUUGACCUUUCUUGAUUUCACACCUGUUGGGUCCUUCAUCUCCAACUGGACCACGUCCAAACGACACCACAUUGGGUAUCGCUCAAGACACCCGCCCGUCUUCAACAUGGCCGAAGUCAAGCCCCCAGUUCAGUACGCUUCGGCGCCAGCUGCUGCACCGUCCGGAAGCCAGGAGCAUUAUGUCCAGCACACACCUGUGUGGAUCGUGGUGGCCAGAGGCGCCCAGGUUUUCUUUUCUCUCAUAAUCUUGGGUAUGGCUGGCGCUGUCAUCCAUGACGUGAUGAUUGAGGAGCUCGCCUUUGGGAUCGCUUGCGUUGUUUUUACGUGGAUUGUUAUCGGUUACGUUCUCAUCACCGAGAAGGUGUCAGGGGCGCGUGAAGCGUAUAAUAUUUGGGCUGUGCUGUCGCUUGAUUUCUUGAUGGCCGUUUUGUGGCUCGCCGCCUUGGGUUCCAUUGCUGCCAGACGGGCACGAUUCGUCGUGCCUGUCAGUACUGCAAAUUGCCGCGAUGACGGUUCCGCUGUCUCCAGCAAGACUUGCGAUGUAUAUCCGGUGAAGCGAGCCCUCGAGAAACGCGGUGCCGUCUUGACCCAGACGGGGCUCGGCUUGACAAGCGGCGCCGCAGGUCUGAGCGCGCUCAUGUGGCUCCUCUUUAUCGCCACGCUUGUGUACCAUGGCCAUACAUUCCGCCUUUGGCACCAGGCGAACAAGAAGCCUGCUGACGCCGAGCUGAAUGCCCAAGGAGCCCCGAUGCUUGCCACACAGCAACAGGCCGCCCCUGCUCCUGGACCAGUCUACAACUCCCAGCAGCAGUACCAGCCCCAGACCCAGUUUCCCCAGCAGUAUCCCCCCCAGCAACAGCAACAACAACAACAGCAACAACAACAACCACAGCAACAACCACAGCAGCAACAGCAAUAUACUGCCCAGCCACCUCAGCAAUAUCAACAACCGCAGGCUCCCUUCCAACCGAGCCCUGUAAAUACCCCAAGCCCGUAUCAACAACAAUAUCAAACGCCCCAGCCGACGGGCACCCCCCAGCCUUAUGCCUAUCCUCAGCAACAGCAGCAGCAGCAGCAGCCACAUCCGUACCCUCAGGCCGCGGAGGCUCCUGGACAUUCGUAUUACCCACCGCAGCAGUAG